GCUGGGCCCGGGCGGGCGAUGCGGGAGGUGCAGGCCGCCCGUUCCCCUCGCCCGCGCCUCCGGGACGGCUGCGGGAGGCCCCCCCGGCAGCCGGAGGGCUCCCCAGCUCCACUCUGACGGCGGCGGCGGCGGCGGCGGCCACAGCAGCAGUGGGAGCGGCGCGGAGACCAAGCGCCCGCUCGCGCUCUCGGGCCCUCGCCCCCACCCAGCUCCAGCCAGAGGGGGGGAGGCGGAGCGCCAGAGGGUGGCGGUCCUAGGCCUCCCGGGUCUCCGCUCCGGGAAGCUGCUCCGAGCUGGGGCCAGAGGGUUGUUUUGCAGUUGUGUUGAGCACAUUACACAUUAAGGGCCCUUUAAAGACCUGGAUUGAUUGGAAGGACAAAAAUUAAAAGCAAUCUGAUCCGGCCUCAUGCCAGAUCCCUGCAGAUUUUCUCCCUAUCCCAUUUCCAUCUACUGUCACAGUUUGAGAGUCUGCCUGAGUUGAUCAGAUUCACCUCUGGGAGAGGUGUAAUGCCAAGGUUAGGAGAACAGCAGGUUAUGGGCAGCUUUUUGAUCUGCCCAUCAGCAGUCUGAGAAACGCUGGCUCUGAAUUUUCCGUAUCAGCUUUUUGGAAAAAACAAGUUCCUCGCUAUUUGCAAACCUACAGUGCUUGAGUCCCUGGGACACCCUGGCCACCAUUGCUCGGUAGAUGUGGCUUUUCCAUGCUGAGGCUGCAAGUCCCACCUGACCCCGUCGCUGCCUCUCCAGGGCCUCUCCGGGCCCCGCCCCUGAGGACUCCACAGCCAUGCUGCACCUGCUGGCGCUCUUCUUGCACUGUCUCCCACUGGCCUCUGGGGACUAUGACAUCUGCAAAUCCUGGGUGACCACAGAUGAGGGUCCCACCUGGGAAUUCUACGCCUGCCAGCCCAAGGUGAUGCGCCUGAAGGACUACGUCAAGGUGAAGGUGGAGCCUUCAGGCAUCACGUGCGGAGACCCCCCUGAGAGGUUCUGCUCCCAUGAGAACCCAUACCUGUGCAGCAACGAGUGUGAUGCCUCCAACCCGGACCUGGCCCACCCACCCCUGCUUAUGUUUGACAAGGAGGACGAGGGGCUGGCCACGUACUGGCAGAGCGUCACAUGGAGUCGCUACCCAAGCCCCCUGGAAGCCAAUAUCACCCUUUCCUGGAACAAGAGCGUGGAGCUGACAGAUGACGUGGUGGUGACCUUCGAGUAUGGCCGGCCCACGGUCAUGGUCCUUGAGAAGUCUCUAGACAAUGGGCACACAUGGCAGCCCUACCAGUUCUAUGCUGAGGACUGCAUGGAAGCCUUCCACAUGCCUGCUCGCCGGGCCCGGGACCUGUCAUCCUCCAGCGUCCACCGGGUGCUAUGCACCGAGGAGUACUCACGCUGGGCAGGCUCCAAGAAGGAGAAGCAUGUCCGUUUUGAGGUGCGAGACCGCUUCGCCAUCUUUGCCGGCCCUGACCUGCGCAACAUGGACAACCUCUACACACGGCUGGAGAGUGCCAAGGGCCUCAAGGAGUUCUUCACCCUCACAGACCUGCGAAUGCGGCUGCUGCGCCCAGCAUUGGGUGGCACCUACGUACAGCGGGAGAACCUCUAUAAGUACUUUUAUGCCAUCUCCAACAUCGAGGUCAUUGGCAGGUGCAAGUGUAACUUACAUGCCAACCUGUGCUCCGUGCGUGAGGGCAGCCUGCAGUGUGAGUGUGAGCAUAACACCACCGGCCCAGACUGUGGCAAGUGCAAGAAGAACUUCCGCACACGGUCCUGGCGGGCCGGCUCCUACCUGCCGCUGCCCCAUGGCUCCCCCAAUGCGUGUGCUGCUGCGGGCUCCGCCUUUGGCAACUGUGAGUGCUACGGCCACUCUAACCGCUGCAGCUACAUCGACUUCCUGAACGUGGUGACCUGCGUCAGCUGCAAACACAACACUCGUGGCCAGCACUGCCAGCAUUGUCGCCUGGGCUACUACCGCAAUGGCUCCGCAGAGCUGGAUGAUGAGAACGUCUGCAUUGAAUGUAACUGCAACCAGAUCGGCUCCGUGCAUGACCGCUGCAACGAGACAGGCUUCUGUGAAUGUCGAGAGGGCGCGGCCGGGCCCAAGUGCGACGACUGCCUCCCCACGCACUACUGGCGCCAAGGCUGCUACCCCAACGUGUGCGACGACGACCAGCUGCUCUGCCAGAACGGCGGCACCUGCUUGCAGAACCAGCGCUGCGCCUGCCCCCGCGGCUACACUGGCGUGCACUGCGAGCAACCCCGCUGCGAUCCCGCGGACCAAGACGGCGGCCUGGACUGCGACCGCGCGCCGGAGGUCGCCCCGCGCCUCGCCACCCUGCUCAGCUGCCUGCUGCUGCUGGGGCUGGUCGCCCGCCUGGGUUUCUGAGCUCGUCUGGAGGACCCUC